AUGUCUAGCCAGUCUUCAAACCAGCCAGGGCUAUAUGAAGCCCAACCAGCCACCCAGUUCCCCCAACAGACUGACAACUUGAACGGAACUGUAUCUCGAAUGCACACUCAGACUCUCCUCAACUCUAAUCAUCCACUACCCGAUUUUGAACUAGAAGAUCAUCACACCGCAGACACAAUGCACAACCCCAACCGACGUCGCUGCGCGUGCACUCAGUGCGAGUGCCCCAACCUCGCGCGGAAACCCAUGGUUUAUAUCAACGGCUCUCGCAUCUCAGUCGAACCACAGCCGGCCUUUUGCCUUAGAUGCGAGAAGCUUCAGCUAUGGGGCAAGAACGAGCCCUCGUACAAAGCCUGCAAAUGCGAGUGUCGAUGCCGGCUUCAGCGUGAGGACGGCGAAUUGCAGUGUGGCGACUGCCUCGGGGCCAACCAGGAGAACCGUAACCGCCAUCGGCCUCAUGGAAAGGCAUAG